AUGGACACUGAGUCACACAUGUGCCAGCCUGAGCAACGCAAGUCAUCCCUGGUCCUGUUGCGUGAGCCGCGACGACGAUUGGGUGGCACCAGUUCCAAACGUGCUCCGAGCAGGCCAAGGCGACCCAGCGCGGAUGCAGCACCCAGAACGGACCAUCGCGCAGAGACGAGCGAUCACGGCAGUCACAGAGCCAGAGCCGUAGCCACACCAGUUCCGCAGGAGAGCAGCCGCUCGGGACGAGGUCAAGCAGAUGGGCCACUCCGAAGCGCCAUUCCCAGCCCGAUCCGCGUGACAGACGAGGAGGCUGUGUCUGUGCCUCCCGCAACGGUUCCCACAGAAGGCGGGCGGGAUGCGAAGGUUCAUCACGGCUCGACCUCUCUGGUGGACUUGAUCGACCGCGGCACCUACGGCAUGGGCCCCUCUGGGCGCCGAGCCCCUUCCCGGGCGCCCUCCGCGCGGCGCUCCGACUCCCUCCCCCCCGACCGCGCUCCGAGGGGCGAGUCACCACGGCGGGGGGCCUGGGACCAGGGCACCCGCGCCAGCCUGAAUCAGGCCGCCAGGGCAAGCCUGUCGAGCCGGCAGCUCCGUGCCAAGAGCGCCGUGGACGAAAGGAGGGGAAGGAAGAACGGAGGCGACGGAGAAGACGGAGAGGACCCUUGGGCCGCGUACUUCAACCCGGAGGUUCGGGCCUUGAAGGAGAAGGCGGCCACCGAGGCCACCCCCGUGUGGGGGAAGGUGCCCCUGAGACGCGACCGAAGUCAGAGGGCCAAAGUGGUCAGGGAGGCAUCUGCAGAGCUCACCACCGGGCACAUCCCGGUCCUCCGGGACGAGUCCAUCAACUGCCUGCUGGGAGGCCCCGAUGGGGUGGAGGGCCACUACGCCGACGGCACCUUCGGGCGCGGGGGGCACUCCACGGAGAUCUUGCGCCGCCUGUCGGAGUCGGGCCGGCUCUGGGCAUUCGACGUGGACCCGAACGCGGUGGCGGUGGGCAGGAAGCUCGAAGAGCUGGAUGGCCGCUUCUCGAUGAUCCACCGGCCCUUUGCAGACGUCCACGAGAGCCUCCCGGUUGGGCUGGAGUUGUCGGGGAUGCUUCUCGACAUCGGCUUCUCCUCACCGCAAGUUGACGAUGGGGGCCGUGGCUGGAGCUGCUAUCAGGAUGGGCCCCUGGACCUGCGCAUGAACUUCAAGGCAGGCAUACCUGCCUGGAAGUGGCUGCAGACCGCCACGCCCGCGGAGCUUGCGUGGGUCGUCUAUGAGAACGGCGAGGACGACGACCCGAUCCUGUGCCAGCGGAUCGCCGAGGCAGUGCUGGAGCGGCAGCGGCGCCUCGGCCCUUUCUCCUCCACUUUGGAGCUCUCCACGUGCAUCCAGGAGGUGAAAAAAGGCCUGGACGACCGCCGCCAGCACCCGGCCAAGCUGGCCUUCCAGGGCAUCCGCAACUUCAUCAACCAGGAGAUGCAGCAGCUGGCGGAUGCCAUGGAGGCGCAGUUCCGGCGGCUGAAGUACGGGGGCCGUGCCAUCGUGAUCACCUUCAAGCCACGGGAGGAGCAGGUGUUGGAGAACUGGCUCAGGCACAACGAGGACGGUUGGGCGAGCCCGUUGGCAUCGCAGGUGUCGCCGGACCGCCUGGGCGAGCUCUUCCCCUUGCUCUCCAGUGUGCAGCCAUUUGCCGCACGGCGGCUCAUGGCGCCCAUCCGUCCUUCACCUGAGGAAGUGCGGCGCAACUCGCGUUCCCGAUCUGCCAUGGUUCACACCUUCAUCAAGGUACCCACUGCCGAGGUGUGA